GAUGGUUCUAAGUGACUCUACUGAUCACCAAGGCUCUGACCUUAAUCCUUGUGUCUUUUCUCCCAGGGAAUGAGACAUAGCCAUAGGCUACUCUUCUGCCAAUGACCCUUCUCAAUUCCUCCUACGUCUUAGAAGAUAAGAUGUGUGAGGGGAACAAGACCACCAUGGCCAGCCCCCAACUGAUGCCCCUGGUGGUGGUUCUGAGCACCAUCUCCUUGGUCACAGUGGGGCUCAACCUGCUGGUCCUGUAUGCUGUGCGGAGCGAGCGGAAGCUACACACUGUGGGGAACCUGUAUAUUGUCAGUCUCUCGGUGGCAGACCUGAUUGUGGGAGCUGUUGUCAUGCCCAUGAACAUCCUCUACCUCCUCAUGUCCAAGUGGCCCUUGGGCCGGCCUCUCUGCCUCUUUUGGCUUUCCAUGGACUACGUGGCCAGCACAGCAUCCAUUUUCAGUGUUUUCAUCUUGUGCAUUGAUCGCUAUCGCUCAGUCCAGCAGCCCCUCAGAUACCUGAAGUAUCGUACCAAGACCCGAGCGUCAGCCACCAUCUUGGGGGCCUGGUUUCUGUCCUUCCUGUGGGUUAUUCCCAUUUGGGGCUGGUCUCGCUUCGUGUCGCAGACCUUGAGGCGCCAGGAGGACAAGUGCGAGACAGACUUCUAUGAUGUCACCUGGUUCAAGAUUAUGACCGCCAUCAUCAACUUCUACCUGCCCACCUUGCUCAUGCUGUGGUUCUAUGCCAAGAUCUACAAGGCCGUACGGCAGCACUGUCAGCACCGAGAUCUCAUCAACGGAUCCCUCCCUUCCUUCUCGGAAAUUAAGCUGAGGCCAGAGAAUCCCAAGGUGGGUGCUAAGAAAUCAGGGAAGGAGUCUCCCUGGGCGGUUCUGAAAAGGAAGCCAAAAGAUGCCGGUGGUGGACCUGUCUUGAAGCUGCCAUCUGAAGACCCAAAGGAGAUGAAGUCCCCAGGUGACUCCAGCCAAGAGGAGGACGGAGACGUGGACAACCUCCACUGCUUCCCACGUAACAUUGCGCAGAUGCAGACUGAGGCAGAGGGGAGUGGCAGGGGCUACGCAGCCAUCAACCAGAGCCACAGCCAGCUUGAGAUGGAUGAGCAGGGCCUGAACAUGCGUGGGGCCAAUGAGAUGCCAGAGGAUCAGAUCCUAGGUGAUAGCCCAUCCUUCUCCCAGACAGACUCAGACACCCCCACAGAGCCAGCAUCGGGGAAAGGCAAACCAAGACGUGGGUCCAGCACAGGCCUGGAUUACAUCAAGUUCACUUGGAAGAGGCUCCGCUCACAUUCGAGACAGUAUGUGUCUGGGCUGCACAUGAACCGAGAACGGAAGGCUGCCAGACAAUUGGGUUUUAUCAUGGUGGCCUUCAUCCUUUGCUGGAUUCCCUACUUCAUCUUCUUCAUGGUCAUUGCCUUCUGCAAGAGCUGUUGCAACGAGCACGUGCACAUGUUCACCAUCUGGCUGGGCUACAUUAACUCCACAUUGAACCCCCUCAUCUACCCCUUGUGCAAUGAGAACUUCAAGAAGACAUUCAAGAAAAUUCUGCACAUUCGCUCCUAAGGGAGGCUACAAGGGGAUGCGACAAAGUGACACUUAGGAUGUCCCUGAAGGAAAUAGAGGAUGAAGGCCUGUGAGUUGCUAGGUACCUUGGCUUUCUGGGGUCAAAAGAAUAGUCUUAGGGUCCAAGUAGUUUGGAAAGUUCUUAGGCACCAUUGGAAGAAGAGCAUAUGGCCGUGGUCAGCAGAGUAGAAAGCAGAAUAUUUCCAAGAGAACUGAAUCUAGAUAAUUUCUCCUACUCCUCAGGAAAUGUGGGAGCCUCAGACUCUCAUUGUAAUUCAAGCUUUCAGACUAGAAUUAAUUGGCAACUAAAGGGACAUGUGGGUAGAGUUCCAUUGGAGAAUUAGAUGGAACUCGGGAGCCUUCCUGGAAUGGAGAUAUAUGACUGUGCAGAGACCUUACAUGCAGACAAAUGCUGGCCCUUCCAUGGGUCACCUUGAGAGGCAUGACAGCUAUUCCACUGUGACUGCCACUUCUCGGAACACCUCUCUUCUGAGCCCUUUUUACAGCUUUCUCCAGAACCAGUGUCUGAAACACCCUGGACAUUCUGCCUUAUUAUUUAACACUCACACAUGUCUUAGAGUCGAUAGGAAAUUAUGCAGCUUGUAUAUCCAUCAUUUUCAACCCCAAAUUCCUUUUGGCUAUUAAAAAAUAAUGAUAAAAACUG